AUGGGCAUUUAUAUACUAUAUAGAAGUCUAUGGUCGAAGUUUUUACUGUACGUUUUGAAUACUGACCUGAAUCGGUUUGCACACAGUACAGGUGCAUGUCACACUAUUGGCAGUCCCACCUGGUGUUCCACUGAUGUUGCAACUAGAUUACAAGAUGCGAUAAACAGCGGAAACGAAAAAGAUGCCGGAAUCUUCGCUGAAGCUCUUGCUCGGACAAAGGCGGACGUCAACAUCAGGGAUGUGACAGGUCUUGAAUCAGAAUUGAGAUUAAAUGUGACACUGGAAAACAGUGAUCAUCACCUUAAAUUGGUCUUCACUGAACUUCCACAAGUUUCUGUCAGGGCACUGAAACUGAAGAUAAGACAGACAUAUCAAUUUGAACCGGCGAAUCAAAAGUGGGUGAUAAAUGGAAAAUUUGCUUGUGAAACUGAUAGACUGGUAGAUUUUGUAAAUGAGACUCAACAAAAUGAUGGAAUUCUUGAAUGUCAUGUUUACAUCAUGCAUACUGGCAGAAUGAAGGCUUUCUGA